AAACCUUGUUUAUCACAUCUACCUUAGAUAUUUUUCUCACGUGUAACGUGCUCACGUUUUACGGAAAAACAGGCAGAACCCUUCAGGGUGCCUCCUGCAGGGGUGGCUGCCAAACUGUAGAUGUGGGGCUCUGGCCAAGAAGAAUCGCACAUGAGUAGCAGAAGGUUAACCAGCCCUGGCCUGUUUGUCUUGCUAAGCCUGGUAAUGCAAGUCCAGGGAAAGUCCAAGGAAAAGGCCACACCUUCAAAAACAGCCAAUCUGAGGCUAUGGGCGAUCCAGGCAUAACUUGCAGCUGGAAGAGACAAGCUGUUCUACACCUGGUACAUCAGAGAAUAAACAGUGACUGGGACCAUUCCUCUAAAUCAUUUGGAAGUAACAGAUAACAAUAUAUCAUUCAUAUAUCUCAGAUAGCUGCUACAAAUACUUGUGUGCCAUCUCGUGUUUUCACAGGAUAGUCUUUCCUUUGUGUCUGCUUCGGAGUUGUCCUGGGAAAAUUGGAAACUAUGACAUUUCUUUUAGCUGGAGCCAGCAAGACUGAAAUGAAAAAUUACAAUGGGAAUGGACUUGUUUAUGUUAUGAACCCUCACUUGGAUUUAAUGGAUGAAGAUAUCCUUUAUCACUUAGACUUAGGGACCAAAACGCACAAUCUGCCAGCCAUGUUUGGUGACACGAAGUUUGUCUGCGUGGGUGGGAGCCCCAACAGAAUGAAAGCUUUUGCUCAGUUCAUGCAUAAAGAACUUGGACUCGAAGGAGAUGGCAAAGACAUAAAAGAUAUUUGUGCCGGGACGGACCGAUACUGCAUGUACAAAGUCGGGCCGGUGCUCUCUAUCAGUCAUGGGAUGGGUGUUCCAUCCAUUUCUAUCAUGCUUCAUGAGCUAAUCAAAUUGCUACACCAUGCAAAAUGCUGUGAUGUUACCAUUAUACGCAUCGGUACUUCAGGGGGAUUAGGGAUUGAGCCUGGCUCUGUUGUAAUAACAGACACGGCUGUUGAUUCAUUUUUUAAGCCACAGUUUGAGCAGGUGAUAUUGGACAAAGUGGUAACGCGAAGCACAGAACUUGAUCGAGACCUUGCUGAGGAACUACUUGAAUGUAGCAGACAGAUUAAGGAUUUCCCAACCCUCAUUGGCCACACGAUGUGCACUGAUGAUUUUUAUGAGGGUCAGGGACGAUUAGAUGGAGCGUUGUGUUCCUUCUCCCGUGAAAAAAAGCUGGAAUACUUAAAAAGAGCUUACAAUGCUGGAGUUAGAAACAUAGAAAUGGAGUCUACUGUAUUUGCUGCUAUGUGCAGGCUUUGUGGCCUUAAAGCUGCAGUCGUCUGUGUGACUCUGCUUAAUCGGCUUGAAGGGGACCAAAUCACAGCACCUCAUGAAGUUCUUCUGGAUUACCAGCAACGACCUCAGCAGCUGAUUUCAUUGUUCAUCAGAAAAUGGCUUGGAUUAUGGAACCCUAAUGGAUUAUCAGAUGAUGUCAUCUAGAACAGUUGCGAAAUGGGAUUCUCUCUUUCUUCUCUCUCUCUCUCACACACACAGAUUGUCUUUUAAGUCUCAACGUCUAGACCAGCCUGCUGCCCUCCAUAUAUUGUUAAACUACAACUCCCAUCAUUCCCUGGCCAGGCUGACUUGAACUGAUAGGAGUCCAAUAAUAUUUGGAGGGCCACAAAUUAGUCUUCCUUGUUAUAAACUACUGACAAGCCUUCAAUCCAAAAGUCAUCAGGAAAUUCUAAUUCAUUGCACAAAUAUCUGAACGGAGCUCUCUCAUGCCAUGCAUCUGGCAAUGCUUUGCCCAUGGUUAUCAGCUAAAGUAGCCAGUGAAAGUUAUCUUUAGUUAUCAUUAGGGCUGUUUGUAAUAGCGAGCCAAAGCUAACUCUUGUACCUCAGAGAUUACUUCCCAGUUGACUCAAAAACGAAUCUACCGCUCUUGUGUGUUACUGUUGUUCAGCACACCUGUGAAGAAAGGCUAGAAUAUUAUCCCACA